GGAGCCGCCGCCGCCGCCGCGCACUGAGGGAAGCUCACCUGAGCCCGCCGUUCGCCAGCGCGCCAGCCGCGUCGCCGACGGGAAGGAGAGCACCUGGGAGGAAGUGGAGCCGCGCCCCAGUGACCGGUGCCACCAGGGACGUCGGCAGCCAUGUGGACCUUUCUGGGCAUUGCCACCUUCACCUAUUUCUACAAGAAGUGCGGGGACUUCAUCACCUUGGCCAACAAGGAGCUCCUGCUGUGUGGGCUGCUCUUCCUGUCCCUGGGACUGGUGCUCUCCUACCGGUGUCGCUACCGCCCCGGGGGCCUCCCCGGGCGACAGCAGAGCCUGGCCCCGUUCACAGCCCUGGCCAACGUUCUGUCCGCCUUGCCUUUCGUCGGCGUCUUUUGGGCCAGACCGCCCCCAGGAUCCGAAAAGAAAGAGCAAGUGGACACGAGGAGGCGUGAAAAAGGAGUGAAUGUUUCAGAAACAACGAUAGGAGGUACAGUAGUAACUUCUCAAAAUGACCCAGAAGUUAUCAUUGUGGGAUCUGGUGUACUUGGCUCUACGUUGGCGUCGGUGCUUUCCAGAGAUGGAAGAAAGGUGACAGUCAUUGAGAGAGAUUUAAAAGAGCCUGACAGGAUAGUUGGAGAAUUUCUGCAGCCAGGUGGCUUUCAUGUCCUUAAAGACCUGGGUCUUGAAGAUACCGUGGGAGAUCUGGAUGCCCAGAUUGUAAAUGGCUACAUAGUUCAUGAUCAUGAAAGCAGGUCAGAGGUUCAGAUCCCCUACCCUCUGUCAGAAAACAAUCAAGUGCUGAGUGGAAGAGCUUUCCAUCAUGGACGAUUCAUCUCGAGUCUCCGCAAAAGAGCUAUGGCAGAACCCAAUGCAAAGUUUAUUGAAGGCGUUGUGCUCCAUUUACUGGAGGAAGAUGAUGCUGUGACGGGAGUUCAGUACCGGGAUAAAGAAACUGGAGACAUCAAGGAACUCCAUGCACCACUGACUGUUGUUGCUGAUGGGCUUUUCUCCAAGUUCAGGAAAACCCUGAUCUCCAAUAAAGUUUCUGUUUCAUCUCAUUUUGUUGGCUUGCUUAUGAAGAACGCACCACAGUUUAAAGCAAAUCAUGCUGAACUUGUUCUAACGAAUCCGAGUCCAGUUCUCAUCUAUCAGAUUUCCUCCAAUGAAACUCGAGUACUUGUUGACAUUCGAGGAGAAAUACCAAGGAAUUUAAGAGAAUACAUGACUGAAAAAAUUUACCCACAAAUACCUGAUCAUUUGAAAGAACCGUUCCUAGAGGCCAUACUGAAUUCUCAAAUUCGGGCCAUGCCAGCAAGCUUCCUUCCUUCAUCACCCGUCAGCAAACGAGGGGUUCUUCUUUUGGGAGAUGCAUAUAAUAUGAGGCACCCUCUUACUGGUGGAGGAAUGACUGUUGUUUUUAACGAUAUAAAACUGUGGAGUCAACUGCUCAAGGGUAUCCCCGACCUUUAUGACGAUGCAGCUCUUCUCCAGGCCAAGAAAUCAUUCUAUUGGGCAAGAAAAAAGACUCACUCCUUUGUUGUGAAUGUUCUUGCUCAGGCUCUUUAUGAAUUAUUUUCUGCCACAGAUGAUUCUCUGCAUCAACUCAGAAAAGCCUGUUUCCUUUAUUUCAAACUUGGUGGAGAGUGUGUGGCCGGUCCCGUUGGGCUACUUUCUGUCUUGUCUCCGAAUCCUCUAGUUCUUAUCGGACACUUCUUUGCCGUCGCUGCCUAUGCCAUGUAUUUUUGCUUUAAAUCAGAACCCUGGAUCACAAAACCCCGGGCCUUUUUGAGUGGUGGUGCUGUUUUGUACAAAGCGUGUUCUGUGAUACUUCCUUUGAUUUACUCCGAAAUGAAAUACUUGGUUCACUGAGCUGAAAGGAGAGCCGUCUGUGAAUGAGUACCUGGAACUGGCCGGGUCCUGAGCAGGUGUGGAAGCAGCGCUUCUGCACUACUUUGAAAGCGUCAAUUCUUGGAUACCAUGAUUAGGGCUAAUUUGUUUUUCAAGUUACUUGUAUAUACAUGUGUAAAUAUAUCCUUUAAUUUGCAACUUAAAUGAAGGGUCAGACAAGUUAGAUAUUUCAAAGAAAUGAUUGUCACCAUAAAUGAGUGUUACUGCAGAGGAAUGCGGUUUUUCUUUUGCAUUCACCAUAUGGAAUAAGGCAUUGUGGGACAUGAAAAUAAAAUGCAUAGUGACCUCA